CAUCACACAUUUGGUGGGCACCGUUGGAUCGUCCAUCUCCGCUGAAGCGGCCAUCCCCCCUGAAAGGAAGAAAUAAGCCAGAGGAGAUAACCCAAAGCACCUCCGGCGGAGGGGGAAAGCUGAAAGAAGCAUGCAGCAUCACACUCUUUCUUGUUGUGGAGGAGUGAGGCCGAGCUUGCCGCCGCCGCCACUGUCAUUCCGGUGGUCGAAGAUUAAGAGGGAAGGCGGCCGACGCCUUCCGCGGUGUGCACGAAUCGCCGCCCAGUUGGAACUGAAACCUCCUCCCUACUCCUUGAGCUCUUUGGAGCCACACAUGAGCCGCGAGACGUUGGAAUACCACUGGGGAAGGCAUCACCGUGCCCAUGUUGCCUCCCUCAACAAUCUUAUCGCGGGGACGGACCUGGACGGAAUGGGACUGGACGAGAUCGUCGUCGUCUCCUACAACAAGGGCAACCCCCUCCCUCUCUUCGUCCAUGCCGCCCAGGUUUGGAAUCAUGAUUUUUUCUGGCAAUCCAUCAAGCCAGGCGGUGGAGGACGACCAUCUGGAAGGCUUAUGGAACUCAUCGAGAGGGACUUUGGUUCAUUUGAUAGAAUGUUGGAAGAAUUUAAAAGAGCUGCACUGACACAAUUUGGUUCUGGGUGGGCUUGGCUUGUCUACAAGGCAAACAGAUUAGAUGUUGGGAAUGCUGUUAAUCCAUGUCCUUCAGAAAAGGGCAAUAAGCUUGUUGUGCUAAAGUCUCCAAAUGCAGUGAAUCCUAUCGUUUGGGAUUACUCUCCACUCCUUGCCAUCGAUGUCUGGGAGCACGCUUACUAUCUUGAUUACGAGAAUCGAAGAGCUGAUUAUGUUUCCAUCUUUUUGGAAAAACUCGUUUCAUGGGAGGUGGUCAGCGAUAGGCUUGAUGUUGCAAUAGAGCGAGCAGCCGAGAGAGCCCGAGAAGAUGAAACAAGAAGACAAGAAGACGAUGCAGCGGUUACCCACAGUGAAGCGGUGGAGAUGUACCUGGAUAGUGAUACCGAUGAUUCGGAGGCUGAAUGAAAACAUAAUUUUGCAGAUAAUGUGAUGUGAAACUGUAGGAAAUUUACCUCGAGUGUGGUGUUGCACGUACCAUUUUUUGUUGGGAUUGAACUUCUAUCUGGUUUAGCAAGUAUAUUAAUGAGCUAGUCUCAGAAGUGCACAGACUAUGUAAUUGAAGAAAGCAUACAUGUAUCCAUAUGAUAUUGGCGGCUCUGGUUGUGGUUCUAUUUGCCAUUUGGUUAACGGAAGUUUUAGUUUGUGUUA